AUGCAAUCCCUUCAAUCCCCAUCACUUCGAGUCUCGCCAGUCAGCCCACUUCGCAAAGAGUCACCAAACAUAACCACUACCACCAGGAGAGUUUCAUUCAUCUCAGCCUCAACCCAACCCAUCACAACCUCACCUCCCAAACGCGAAAAAGACCCUAAAAGACGGGUGGUCAUCACUGGCAUGGGCGUAGUAUCGGUGUUUGGCAACGACGUUGACACUUACUACGAUAAACUACUAAGCGGCCAAAGUGGUAUUUCACCCAUUGAUCGAUUCGAUGCGUCCGAGUAUCCUACCAAAAUUGCUGGGCAGAUUCGUGGGUUCAGCUCAGAGGGAUACAUUGAUGGGAAAGACGAUAAGAGGCUUGAUGAUAGUAUCGGGUACUGCAUUGUUGCUGGCAAGAAAGCGGUCGAGGAAGCCGAUGUCGAGGCUGUGAAGCGUUCAAAGGUCACAUGA